AUGUCUCGCGGGAACAACCCAGGUGGCGGGAGAGAACGGUCUGCACCAUGGUAUCCCGUUCCAUCCCAAGAUAUCGUCAGCGUAGAGCAUCCGUGUAUUGUCAAGAAUGUCGAAAAGGCCAUCGAUACCCUCCAGGGACAUUCAGGCAUAUCAGAAAUGUUAAAUUCUUUACACCGAGACUCACCGCUGACCCUCCUUUUGAAUCCGGAAGAUGUCAUGAGCAGGCCGUUACGGUCGACAAGCAAGCAGUCAAAUAACAUCCUGCUCAAAGUCAGCGUGCCCAGGAGAACAGGUCGAAGACGGAAACGAGGUUCUCAGGAUCCGUUUGUCGACAGCCAUGACGAGGACGCUGUUAUGUCUCCUGACAAGCUAGAUGCUCGGGGACUUCUUCGCCGCCUCCAGGAGAAUGCUGGCCAGUAUCAGGUGGAUGUUGUAGGGCAGGUGAAUCGAACGCACGUCUUUAGAGAGCUGCCGGACUUUGCAUACUCGACCACAGGAAGCCCCUUUGUACAAAAGUUUCGAGAAACGGUACUACCAUUUGAGUACGACAAAUUAAAAGAAUUUGAACUUGAUAUGACCAAAGGGGCCGUAUCGAAUGUUGAUAUCGUUCCACCCCCUGCUCUAAGUAACAAUGACGUUGCCUUCCAAUAUCUAUACCGCCAAAACCCAACGGUGAGGCGUUCAAUCGACUCCUCUGGCCAAGUAACGACGACAAACACACAACGAGCAAUGAAAGUACUCACCCAUCUUAUAUCCUAUGACACUUCCUCAGUGCCGACGCAACCACUAGACAACUGCCCACCGCUUGCAGACCAGGAUCCAACCGUUAUCGACACCGUUGCAGCACUCCGCCUCUUAUUCGCUGAAAGACCAGCCUGGACACGUCGUGGCCUCCGUAACAAACUACCUACUCCUGAAAAGAAGUAUGCUCUUCGUCUCGCCAUUCCAUAUGUCGGGUAUCUCUUCCGGUCCGGCCCCUGGCGCGACGGGAUCUUCAGGUUUGGCUACGACCCUCGCGCAACACCGGAUUCCCGCAUCUAUCAAACCCUCAUGUUCCGCAUGUUCCCCGUGUCGGCAGAGGCAGAAGGACGAGAUCAGGCUGAAGGUGCCCCCAACGCUCCCUUUACACCGACCACCACACCCCUCUCGGGAAGGCGACUCACGAUCCCCCGCCUAUCGUAUGAGAACAAUACUGAUCCCUCCCUUAUCAAUUCUCAUUUAUUCACUGGCCAGCCGCCCCUUGCCCGAGACGGUAAGACAUGGAUGAUAACGGAUAUCACGGAUCCUAUUCUUCAGCGGCUCCUUGAUCCUUCGUCACCAGAAGCUCACCCACCGCGUCUCACAUGCGAUGUUUAUUCGUGCGGCUGGUAUGGUAAUGUGACGCUGUCAAUCGCGCGUGCCAUAAUGCGUAAGAAAUUGUCAUUGAUGGUGGAGAAUCGUACGGACUGGCCUACCGAAGAAGAACUGCAGCCUCUCCUCACCUUGCCGAGUCACGUUGAGGGUGACGAGGAUAUCAAUAAAAUAUCGGCGAAUGAUACACUGGGAGCCGUCCCUAUACAUCUAGUCUCGGAGAUUCGUACCGUUGUUCGAAACGUUCCGUGGAAAAUGGAUAAGCUGAGGGAUAGGCCCAGGGGAUCUACUGGCGGAGACCAGAAGAGAGUCAGGUGGGAUGACCAGCAACAGGAGGAGGAUGAGGCAGAGGAGGGAGAAGAGCAUGAUCAGGAGCAGGAAGAUGAAGGAGAUGAAGAUGAGGAAAUGGAAGAUUUUGACGAGCAAGCAGGUGAAGCCGAGAAGAGAGAUUAG